UAUGCAGUAAAAUAUGUGUCUUGCCUUGCACUGGAGAUCGCAUAAUGCCUUCUUGCCUCGGGCAGAGUCAUUUCUGCAGAAAUAGAGGCUUCUUGAGCUCCCAGAAUGAAUCCCCAGGCUUUGGGAGGCGGAAAAGUGAAGCUCGGGGUCAGAAGGCGUAGGUCAGAGGGAAGAAUUGGCGGGAGAACGAGGUUUUGGUAAUCACGACCUGUUGCGGCGGUGGCUCUCCGUGGCUCCUUGUUCCGGGACUGACAUGAUUUCUCUUCUGGAAGCUGACGGAUCCACACUAUAAGCAGCAUCAGAAGCAAUCUGAGAAGAAAGCAUUCAGGCUGUGUAACUGGGACAGGUGCAGGUUCCUGCUGGGCCCACCAUGGCUCCUGUGAAGAUUAGCCAUGUGGUGUCGUUUUCCUCUCAGGAUCCCAAGUACCCUGUGGAGAACUUGCUGAACCCAGACAGUCAGAGAGGACCUUGGCUCAGCUGCCCACGUGACAAAAGUGGCCAACUAAAAGUGGAAUUACAGUUGGAGAAAGCAGUGACCAUUGGCUACAUCGACGUGGGUAACUGUGGCUGUGCUUUCCUGCAAAUCGAUGUGGGCCGUUCUUCUUGGCCCCUGGACAGACCUUUUGUCACCCUGCUCCCUGCAACCAUGCUAAUGUCCCUCAUGGAUUCAAAGCAGGGGAAAAACCGCUCAGGGGUUCGCAUGUUUAAAGAUGGUGAUUUCUUGGCUUCAGCCUCGGGUGACUCCUGGGAUCGACUUCGCCUCACCUGCUCCCAGCCCUUCACGCGUCACCAGUCCUUUGGCCUGGCCUUCCUGCGGGUGUGUUCUUCACUGGACUCUUCAGAUGACCCUGUCUUGGGUCCCUCAGCCCCCGUGAGCUCUGGGCUGAGCCAGGUCUCUUCUGAAACUCAAGAGUCUGAUCCAGGCCCCUGGAUGGCCAAUCCAUCCAUCCGAAGAACAUUCUUCCCAGAUCCCCCAAAGAACACGGAGGAAAUCUCCAAGCUUAAGAAUAUGCUAAAGCAGCUGCAGCCAGGAACAUUGGGCCGGUCGGCCCACAUGGUGCUGUCGGCUGCUCGCAAAGCACCUCCAGCCAGUGCGCCAAGUCCAACAAACAACCAUGGAGAACCAGGCUCCAGUCAGACAGAGGGUGCAGAGCCCAGACCUGAGAACCAAAACCCAGAGAGCGGCAUGCGCAGGAGGGCAAAGAGACAGAAGACACCGGAGAAGCAAGCCAGCGGACUUUUCUCCGAUUCUAACCCAAGCAAGAGGAGGUCAGUAAAGACAGAUCAGAGAGAACGUCCCCGACCCCAGGCUCAAGUCAGCGCUAUCCAGGACGGGGGACAGUGCCCCAUUUGUGCAGGGUUCUUCAGCAUGGCGGUUCUCCCCCAGCAUGCAGCCACCUGUGGAGAGACUUCACCGCCGCCACGGCCCGCCUCUCCCUCCUCACCACCGUCCAUCGUGUGGGAGUGCUCCCCGGAGAGCUCACCCCUCUCCUGGACCCAGUGCCCUAUCUGCCAGAUGCUGUUCUCCACGGGAGAGAUCGAGGCACAUGCCAGCCUGUGUGGGGAGGCGUGAGCCAUGCGGGAGGCCCCUGCCCCGUGGUACUGAGAUGGGGGCAGGGGUUCUCUGGGCAGAGCCAGCCUGCCCGGCGCCUGCCCUGCUCUGCCUCCCUCAGGACUCUGCCCGCUUCCCAGUUGUCAAGGUUUCUGUCACCACGGCACCCUGUCCUCCCCCAGGCAGCGCUGGCCUUUUUCCCUACGGACCGG